GGGGAUUUGGGAAUAUUCUUUGUCCUCAGCCCGCAGAUCAACACACAACUGGAGAAGAACUCGGGCUCCUCGCACAUUCAGAGAGGAAACACUGGACGGCCUGAUCUCAGAGCGGGACGGUUUGAUUUGAUUUGAUUCUAAUCAAGAGAAAACGAAGGAAAAAGAUCCAGAAAUAAGCGACAACUGUGAGGAGCCGUCUGGUUAAAGCAGGAGAACCCAGAAAUCACGACUGAAGGUUUGAGAGGUUCCAUCCUGUUCCAGAGGCAAAAUGAGCUGGAGCUUCCUUACGCGUCUGUUGGAUGAGAUUUCCAACCACUCCACCUUCGUGGGCAAAAUCUGGCUCACCCUCCUCAUCGUCUUCCGCAUCGUGCUGACCGCCGUCGGGGGCGAGUCCAUCUACUACGAUGAACAGAGUAAAUUUGUGUGUAACACGCAGCAACCUGGUUGCGAGAACGUGUGCUACGAUGCGUUCGCGCCGCUAUCGCACAUUCGCUUCUGGGUGUUCCAGGUGAUUAUGAUCACCACGCCCACCAUCAUGUACCUUGGCUUCGCCAUGCAUAAGAUCGCCCGCAUGGAGGACGAAGACUAUCGGCCCAGGAAGAGGAUGCCGAUAGUGAGCCGCGGUACCAACCGGGACUACGAGGAAGCGGAGGAUAACGGGGAGGAGGACCCAAUGAUCCUGGAAGAGAUCGAGCCGGAUAAGGAAAAGGAAGUGACGCAGAAGCCCAGCAAAAAACACGACGGACGCCGUCGCAUCAAGCGCGACGGCCUCAUGAAGGUCUACGUGUUUCAGCUGUUUUCACGUGCCAUCUUUGAGGCUUCGUUCCUGUUUGGACAGUACGUCCUUUACGGGCUGGAGGUGGUGCCGUCGUAUGUAUGCACGCGCUCUCCUUGCCCGCACAUGGUGGAUUGCUUCGUCUCACGCCCCACAGAGAAAACUAUCUUCCUGCUCAUUAUGUACGGCGUCAGCGCCCUGUGUCUGCUCUUCACCAUGCUGGAGAUCCUUCACCUCGGCAUCAGCGGUAUUCGGGACUGCUUUUGCGGACCGCGGUCUCAGCCCCCGACCCCCCGUCACCCAGCUCUGUCCAGCCAGAGGUCCUCCAUCUGCCGCCAGCCGUCGGCACCUCCAGGCUACCACACAGCUCUGAAGAAGGACCCGCCAGGGAAAAUGGGCUUCAGGGACAACCUGGGAGACUCGGGUCGCGAGUCGUUCGGGGACGAGGCUUCAUCGCGGGAGCUGGAGAGGCUGCGGAGACACCUAAAACUGGCUCAGCAGCAUCUGGACUUGGCUUACCAGAACGGGGAGAGCAGCCCGUCACGCAGCAGCAGCCCAGAGUCCAACAGCACCGCGGUGGAGCAGAACAGACUAAACUUCGCCCAGGAGAAGCAGAGCAGUACAUGUGAGAAAGGUCUCCGUGCGUAGCUUCUCAUCAGCUCAACUGACACUGUAGACUUAAAUUCACAUCAGGAUCAGCGAGAGGACAUAAGGGAAUCAAAGUGUGUGUGUGAGUGUGUGAGACAUGAAUUUGCUUGAGGUGGAUGAAGUCAGCCACAAGCCUUCCAGUGUUAGGGCCAGCCGUGGUCGAGCAUCGAGUCAAACGAGGAGGAGAGCGGUCGUCUCAACCCAGCAAUACUUGAGACGCCCGUCUGAAGAUCCAAAGUGCUUACAAACUACCGUCGUGCAGCAAGAACGGUGAAGGUUAACAUGUACUUCUCCCUCAGGGCAGCUAUCGUUUUUUUUUAUAUUUUUAUUACGAGACUUAGAGCUAUUAGUCAUUUUAAGAGUUUGUCCUCUGUCGGAAGUUCACAGUGAAUGCAUCUCAAGUUUGCCUUAGACCCGAACUGGAACUUUUUAUGGUGUUUUGUUAAGGUAUGGCCAAGACAGGUGUAGUGCAAAAAAAAAAAGAACAUG